AUGAAGAAAUUCGAGUCCAAGCACCCACAGGUUGAGUUUGAAGUUGUGUGGCGGCCGUUCUGCUUGAAUCCGCUGUUCAAGACGAAGUGCGGCAAGAUAGCGCUAUACGACGAAAUGGCCGGCGGACCAGGUAAAUUCCAGCCGCAUCUCGACCGUGUCAGCGCCGCCGGCGAGCCGUACAACCUCAAGUUCUCCGUCACGGGCGACACGGGCCCAACGCGCGCCUCUCAAAUCCUCAUUGCCAACGCCCUCCGACGCCGGGGACCCGCGGCCCAAGCACGAGUUGUAGAGGCCUUGUUCCGGAGCCAUUUCCUGGACGGCAAGGACAUCUCGGACGAAGACGUCCUGGUGGCCUUGGGCAGCGAAACGACAGGUUUGCCGGCAGACGUGGUCCGAGCAGAUUUGCGGGACGAUGACAACUGCCGCUUCGUAGACGACGAGGCCGAGGCAGCCGUCGAGGAGAAGGGAGUCGAGGCGGUCCCAUGCGUGACGGUCUCGGGAAAGUACAAGGUCGGUGGGUAUCAGGAAAAGGAGGUUUUCGAGAAGCUUUUUGAGCGGAUAUGGGCGGAGAAUGCGGGCGUUUGA